AUGGACCUGAAAUCAGAUCAUCCCCACAAACCAUCAGCUCACAACAGCAAAGAGAAAGUGAUGUCCAUUCUCAUCAAUCUGGAAGGCCCUCUCCCGAUCAGAGCGAGUGGAAAGUCAGAGCUGCUCUCCUCGGGGCUCCUGAUGCGACCUCGGGCCCCGGGUCCUGUGUGCGAUGAGAAGGGGGGGAAGGAGCCGGGCAGAGGACAGAGCCAGCAGGCGCAAGGGCCACACACACUACACUGUGUGACACCAGCGCUAAUGGAAGUGCCCCGCUCAGAGCACAGUGUACUGCCAGUGUUGACAAGUCAUGCAGCCGCAAAGCAGACCGGAUUACAGCAACAACAAUAA